GUCACUUCCGGAAGUGACGCCAUCGGGCAGCGCGGGAAGAGGCGCGUGGCGGCGGCGGCGGCGGGAAACGGCGGCGAGGAGGAGGAGGCGGCGGCGGUGACGUCACGGUGACGCCAUGCCGACGGUGCUGGGCCUGGAGGGCUCCGCCAACAAGGUGGGGGCGGGGGUGGUGCGGGACGGCGUCAUCCUCAGCAACUGCCGCGCCACUUACGUCACGCCGCCCGGCCACGGCUUCGCCCCCGGCCCGACGGGGCGGCACCACCGGGCGCGGCUCUUGGGGCUGGUGGCCGCCGCCCUGCGCGACGCCGGGCUCCGCCCCCGCGACAUCGACGCCGUCGCCUUCACCAGAGGGCCCGGCAUGGGGUCUCCGCUGGCGGUGGUGGCGGCGGCGGCGCGGACGCUGGCGCAGGUUUGGGGGUUGCCCCUGCUGGGGGUGAACCACUGCGUGGGGCACAUCGAGAUGGGGCGGCUGCUGGGCCGCGCCCCCGACCCCCUGGUGCUUUACGUCAGCGGCGGCAACACGCAGGUCAUCGCCUUCUCCCGGCGCCGCUACCGCAUUUUCGGGGAGACGCUGGACGUGGCGGUGGGGAACUGCCUGGAUCGCUUCGCCCGCCUGCUGCAGAUCUCCAAUGAGCCCAGCCCUGGGUACAACAUUGAGGUGUUGGCAAGGAGGGGCCGGCGGCUGGUGGAGCUGCCCUACGUGGUGAAGGGGCUGGACGUCUCCUUUUCGGGGCUCCUCUCGCACCUCCAGGCGGUGACCCCCAAACUGCUGGAGGCGGGGGAGGCCACCCCCGAGGAUCUCUGCUUCUCCCUGCAGGAGACGGCCUUCGCCAUGCUGACGGAGGUGACGGAGCGAGCGCUGGCCCUGACCCGCGCCGCCCACCUGCUGCUCGUGGGGGGCGUGGCCUGUAACCGCCGCCUCCAGGAGAUGCUGCGGACCAUGUGCCAAGCUCGGGGGGCGGAGCUGUGCCCCAUUGAUGAGAGGUACUGCGUGGACAACGGGGCCAUGAUCGCUCAGGCGGGCUGGGAGAUGCUGAGGGCGGGGCAAGUGACGGAGCUCGCCCAAUCAGGGAUCACGCAGAGGUACCGGACGGACGAGGUGGAGGUGACCUGGAGGGACUGAGCCGGCCACGCCCCCAUGCGGCCUGAGGCCCCGCCCACUCUUCCAUAAAAGGCUCUGGCCCCUCCCCCAG